AUGAGGACCGGUGUCGGGCUUUACCUCCAGGCUCCUUGGACCAUAAAUACGCACGUUGCCCUGGGAGCAACGCCGCGUAGAAACACCAGCAGCCAAACAGCACAGCAUCACAUUCUAGAUACGCUCAGAGGUCCAGUAAAAACUGCACUCAUUGUGCCAAACAACGGCGAGGCAGCCAUCUUUCCUACGGGGACCGUCAAAGGCCUCGCAAAUUACCCCCGCGGCCGUCUCGCCCCGGCAGCCGUCCACCGCACGCUCUACAUCUCGGGGACGUCGUCCCGCCGUCCAGACGGCACCUUUUCAGGAGCUGGGACCGUCUCCAACAGCCCACCCGGCUCCUACGACGUUGAAACGCCGAGCGAGGGAAGCACCCUCCGGCUCGACGUGCGCGAGCAGACGGCCGCGAUCCUGCGCAACAUCGACGACGUAAUCAAACAGGUAACGAACAACCGGGGCGGGCUGGAGAACAUCAUCGACGCGACUGUGUAUUUGGUGGACAUGAAGAGGGACUACGCAGCCAUGAACGAGGUUUAG